AUGAUUUACUCUCUACUGUAGUAACAUCUUCAUAAAGAACUUCUUGGAUCAAAGUAUCAACUCACUGAGUUUCAAUUACUCAAUGUUUCCGAUAAUAUCUAUUAAGAUACUAAAGAUUUCAAAUAUUUCCUUAACAUUACAAAUCAUAUACAAUCAAUCUUAGUUAUUCAAUCCUAUAGAUUUGAAUAUGAAUAUAAUUUUGAGAACAACACUGUAGAUUAACUAAAUUGCAUAAUUGAUAAAGUCAAUGAUGAUCAAACUAACAUUUCAAUUAAUUUGCUAUAAUACUAACAUCCAAUACCAAGCCUACUAAUUAAAAAAGCCUUCAUUAAAAAACAAACACCUUAACCAGCAUUACAACCUCAUUAAAUUUAUACUUUAAUUUCUUAAAAUUCCAAAUAUCAAAGGAUAGAUGUUUCCUUCUGCAAUUUGGACUUCAUUCAAAGAUCCUAAAAUAUUACUUACAAAUAACCUACACAAGAAAAAUCAAUUAAAAAAAGAGUCAAAGUUGAAAAACCAUAAUCAAUAGACAUAGAUUCAAUUAAACUAUCUAAAGUACAAGAUACAGAAGAUUCAAAAAACAAAAGAGAAUUAAAUGUAUCUAAGCAAUUAUUUAAGUAAUAAUAAAAUAAACAAGAAGAAACAAAACAAAAUUCAUAAUUAAAAACAUUAGUUAAGAAGUUAGACAUUCCAGAAAAAUGGAAGUAAGUUUCAUAAGAAUUCAGUGAAUCGCAUAAGAAAGUUUGGGAUAUCAAAUAUUAUGAAAAAUUAAUGCUAUUGACUGAAUCUAUAUCCAAAAGUAUUUAAAAUUCAUUUAUUCUUAUAGAAUAUUUCUAUUAGCAUAUCUUUAAAGAAUGUAUAGAGGAAGAAUAUUAAAGGAGAUUCAUUAGAUAUGCUUUACCUCCUGAUUUAAAAGAUCAAUCUAUUAUAAAAAAGAGAAAGAUCUAUAGUAAAGAUGUAGUAUGUGCUCUUUUUGAAUGA